AUGACGUAAUUUGACGUUCGGUGUGAGAAACCAGGAAGUGGGUAGCCCGCUGUUGUUUGUGUUCGCUGGUCGUCUCUCGUCUUUCUGAUUCAGUACAUCUUGUAACACGGGCCGAAAUGGCGACGUUUAUUUCAGUCCCGUUAAAGAAGUCGUCCGAGGUGGACCUGGUGAAGCCGCUGUCCAAGUUUGUAACGGCCACAUACGCGGGGAGCGAGGACCAGGCAGAGUACCUCCGAUCCGUGGACGAGUUGAACAAGCUCCGCAAAAAUGCGCUGGGGAGGCCGCUGGACAAACACGAGAGCUCGCUGGAGGUCCUGCUCAGAUACUAUGACCAGCUGUGUGCUGUUGAACCCAAGUUUCCCUUCUCUGAAAACCAGCUCUGCUUGACCUUCACAUGGAAGGAUGCCUUCGAUAAAGGGUCGCUGUUUGGUGGCUCAGUCAAGCUCGCUUUGGCCAGUUUGGGCUACGAGAAGACGUGUGUUCUGUUCAACACAGCAGCAUUGGCCAGUCAGAUCGCCUCAGAGCAGAACCUGGACAAUGACGAGGGGCUGAAGGCUUCAGCCAAAUUUUAUCAGCUGGCCAGUGGAGCGUUUGGUCACAUUAAGGACACCGUGCUGUCUGCACUGAAUAGAGAGCCCACCAUGGACAUCUCCCCUGAGACUGUGGGCACCCUCAGCCUCAUUAUGCUGGCCCAGGCCCAGGAGGUCUUCUUCCUCAAAGCUGCUUCAGAUAGGAUGAAAGAUGCUCUCGUCGCAAAGCUGGCCAAUCAGGCGGCAGAUUACUAUGGCGAUGCCUUCAAGCAGUGCCAGUAUAAAGACAACCUUCCUAAGGAAGUGAUUCCGGUGCUGGGGGCCAAGCACUGCAUCAUGCAGGCCAACGCCGAGUUGUACCAGAGCCUUGUGGCCAAGCAGAAGAAGCGUUUUGGAGAGGAGAUUGCUCGCCUGCAGAAUGGCGAUGGGUACCUGUCCAACAGGGUGUUGGCGUCCCUGAACCUGCCAGCUGCUCUGGAGGACCUGUCAGGAGACUCUAUCCCACAAUCCAUUGCUGAGAAGGCCAGAUCCAUCGUGCAGCAGGGAGGACUACAGAGCAUCGAGCAGCUCAUCAAAGACCUGCCAGAGCUCCUGACUCGCAACAGAGAGAUCCUGGACGAGUCUCUGAAGAUGCUGGACGAUGAAGAGACGACAGACAAUGAGCUGAGAACCAAGUUCAACCAGCGCUGGAACAGAACCCCAUCUGGAGACCUGUAUAAGCCCCUUCGUGCAGAGGGCGCUAACUUCCGCAACAUCUUGGACAAGGCUGUGCAGGCCGAUCAGGUGGUCAAGGACCGCUACAGCGCUCACUGUGACAUGAUCACCUUGCUGUGUAAACCAGUAGAAGAGCUCAACGCUGCCAUCCCCUCUGCCAACCCAACCAAAACCCUGCAGGGCAGCGAGGUCGUGAACGUGCUGCGCUCGCUGCUCACCCAGCUGGACGAAAUGAAGACGGAGAGGGAGACGCUGGACGGUGAGAUAAAGGCUGUGACCUUUGACAUGUCUGCUACCUUCUUGACGGCACUGGCCCAGGACGGGGCCGUCAACGAGGAGCAGCUCUCACUCUCCCAGAUCGACCAGCUGUACGGCACCUACAACCAGAGGGUACAAGCCACCCUCCGCAUGCAGGAAGAGCUGCUGGGACAAGUUCAGACAUCCCACCAGGAGUUCAGCAAUCUGAAGCAGUCCAACUCCGAGGCCAACCAGAGGGAGGAGGUCCUGAAGAAGCUGGCUUCAGCCCACGACAGCUACGUUGAGAUCAGCAGCAACCUGCGCGAAGGCACCAAGUUCUACAACGACUUGACAGAAAUCCUGCUGAAGUUCCAGAACAAAUGCAGCGACAUUGUUUUCGCUCGCAAGACCGAGCGGGAUGAACUACUUAAGGAUCUGCAGCAGAGCAUCGCCCGAGAGCCCAGUGCUCCAUCCUUCAACGUUCCUGCCUAUCAGAGCACCCCAGCUGCUGGCCCGACCCCCGCCCCCAGGACCGUAUUUACUCAACCAGCCCAGCAGCCCCCAGCGAAGCCCCAGCCCCCAGCCAGGCCUCCACCUCCCAGCGUCAACCCUCAGGCUGCCUCCGCCGCUCCCACCAACACACCAGCCACUGGCCUUCCCGGCAACAACCCACCUGUGGCCCCUCCCUCCACGGCCCAGGGACCACCUUACCCCACUUACCAGGGUUACCCAGGGUACUUCCAGGUGCCGAUGGGAUACAACCCCUACGGUUAUGGUCAGUACAACAUGCCCAACAUGCCCAACAUGCCCAACAUGCCCUACAUGCCCUACCAGGCCACUCCAGGACAAGGAGGAUACCCUGGAGCCCCUCCUGCUGGACAACCCUACCCUGGCUACCCCCAGCAACCGCCACAGCAGCAACAGCCCUACUACCCUCAGCAAUAACACUCCUCUUCAUCCCCUCAUUCUUCUUCACACACGUUAACACCAAAUAAAAACUUCCCCCCAGCAAUAACACUUUAUCUCCAUCUACUCCCUUUUCUCCGAUCCUUUGUUUCUCACUAUCAGCAGCUGUGAGUGAACGGUGACUUCAGAGCUGCUUUGCACUUCUUCUGAAACUUUUGAUUACGUUGCUCUUCUCAAGGUUUUCUUUUCCAUCUGUCCCUUUUUUAACCUACAUCCUGACUUCUGGGCUCUAAAAGCACUUUUGCUCAACUAUCUCAACUGUCAUCGAUGCACUAACCCCCUCAUGUUUGAUGUACUCAUAUUCUUAGAGUUUUGUUACUUGUUUAAUUUAAGCCUAGCCUUUUCUGCAUCAAUAACCGACUCUUUGUCCAGGCUGGACUGCUGUACAACACUUAUGGGGGCACGUAGAAUCCCAGGAUGGCUCUCUGUCUCCUGUUUUGAGAGUGUAUGUCGGGUGGGUGGAUGCCUCUCAUCCUCUCCCCCCCCCACCCACUCAGUGCUUCUGUAUCAACUAUAAUCCUAUUUUUGUAAUAAAUACCGAUACCGAGCUGAUGUAAAAAAAACUCUAAAAACAAAUGGCCUGCAGGUUUUGUAAUGUUAAUCAGACUGUUGAGCAUUCUGCUCUCGUUCACUCUUUUUCUCUUUUUCCGUCUCACCAAGGGAACGUGGGUAUAUAUUUUCCGUGUUACAAUCAGACUGUACAAGUGGGAGAAAUGGCUCUAUUAUAUAAAUAUAUGUAUAAAUAAGACUCUGUAUGUGGUUAACUGAGACACUGUGCACUGCACCCUCAUGCUCUUUGUGUUUAUUUUUAUUCCUCAGCUCUAAUGUGAUUAAAAACAACAACUGCGAGCCAGA